UUUACACAUAAGAAGUGAAAAAGAGGAGGAGAAAGUUUAAGCUACUUUUUUCCUCUCUCUCUCUCUCUUCACAUAAAUAUAUUUAACCAAAAUGACAAUAGAAAAUAGUGAACAAGAAUUAUUUGAUAGUAAAAAAUAUAUUUCUUCAAAAAUUCAAUCUUCUUUACCUUUAUCUUAUUUAAUUCGACCUUUAAAACGUAAUGACUAUCAGCAUGGAUACAUACAGCUUUUAUCUCAAUUAUCUAAAGUUGGGAAUAUUACAGCUGAACAAUACAAAAAACGAUUUGAUUUUUUAAAGCAAAAGCAAUCAUCUUUUAUCGUAGUGGUUGAAAAUCAGAAUGUUAUUGUAGCCUGUGCAACUCUAUUAAUUGAAUAUAAGUUUUUACAUGAAUGUAGUAAUGUAGGCCAUAUCGAAGAUGUUGUAGUUGAUAAAUCAGAAAGAGGAAAUAGACUCGGUAAACGACUUAUUGACCAACUUCAUUAUAUUGCUCAACAAACAAACUGUUAUAAAACAAUACUUAAUUGUAGCAGAGAAAAAAUCUUAUUUUAUGAGAAAUGUCAAUUAAAAGAAACAGAUGUUCAAAUGACUCGAUAUUUUUAAAUAAAACAAACUGUUUUUUGUGUUUUUUU